AUGGGCGGCGAGCCUGGGCACUUGUUUGGGACAUUCUCAGAGCCCGGGACCCUGGCUAUCGGGGACCCUUACUCCAAGCCGCCAGCAACCAAGCUGCCACGCCACAGCGGCAAGCAGUUUGCCAUAGUGAUUGGCAAGGAGGGCCGCAGCCCUGAGGUAUACCUUGACAAGCAAAUCAGGAGCCUGGGCGAGGGUGCGCCUUAUGUGGAUGCGUGGAUUCUGGACAAGCGGCUGAGCCGCAUCCCUGGCAAGCCCGUCAGCGACAAGCCCUUUGCGACGUUGGUCGGGCGGCGCGGCAAUAUCAGCUGUGGGCCGGGCAGCACCGAUGGAUGCCUCAGCAACGUGCCGCUGGACACAGAUGGGUCAGCCGCUGCUCGACGCAGCAACCCCCCAAGGAGGGCGGCUGACAAGCUGAAGAACAUGUACACCACAGGGCCCAAGACUGGUGGCUUUGGCCGGCCAUGGCGGGACCGCACCCUGGGUGAGCCGCCCGUGUACCACAGCGACGUGUACAACGGCGGCCGCCUCAAGGAGAAGGGUGCUGCCUACUGCGUUUUUAGCCAGGUGGGGCGGGACUUCAUGCCAGAUCCCGUGCACGAGGCCCAGUUCCGUCGCCAGCAGGGCAGCGAGAAGCCCUUCAAGCCGGUGGGGUCAUGCCACAAGCGGCUGUCCAUGCGGGACGUCAACCCCUACACCACAGCAGCACGCCCCGCCCCAGACAUCGAUUUUACACUCUUCUCCCGGGGAUGA